GCACAAUUGUUAAGGAGUUUCUCAAGCGCAUCGAAGGGUUUUACUUCUCUGAGUUUCUCUUCUCUCCGGCGACGUAAUUGCCGCUCUAGUUUGUCUUCAGGCAAAUAUUACCAGAUCCAUUCCUGCUUGAGAUAGCUCUUCGUUGACCCAUUGACUCUCUUAGAAAUUUAGAAUGGAUUGUGAGGAACAAAUUGGGAACGAAUCCCUCAAUCUGAUUAAACAAGGAGCUGAAGCUAGGGUGUUCGAGUCUACAUUUGCGGGAAGAAGAUCCAUUGUGAAAGAACGGUUCUCCAAGAAAUAUAGACACCCGGUUUUGGAUUCGAAACUCACACUCAAGCGAUUGAAUGCUGUUGGUUUCUUCUUCUGCAUCACCUCUCUUCUUGUUUCCUUGUUUGAAUAUCGAGGGAAAAUGGAUCCUCUGCUUCACUCCUUGACACUUGAGUACAUCGAGGGAGUCACUGUUAAAGAUGUCUUCCUUGAGUUUGGAGCCAAUGGGAUUGUUCAGGAACGGUUGGAUGAUGUUGCUGCUCAGAUUGGUGAGGCCAUCGCUAAGCUCCAUGAUGGUGGCUUGGCUCAUGGUGACUUGACCACAUCAAACAUGCUAGUCAGAAGCGGAACAAAUCAGCUGGUACUAAUUGAUUUCGGCUUGAGUUUCACAUCGACCUUGCCUGAAGACAAAGCUGUCGACUUAUAUGUACUUGAAAGAGCCUUGCUCUCAAUGCAUUCUUCAUGCGGGAAUGUGAUGGAUCGUAUACUAACAGCGUAUAGGAAGUCCUCGAAGCAAUGGUCAGCCACGUUUAACAAGCUGGCGCAAGACGGAACCAAUGUGAUAUUGGAAGCCGUUAACGAAAUGAGAGGGAUCAAGAAACCAAAAGCAGGCUUCCAAUGCAGCUUUGGCCGACAACGAUGGACUAGGUCUCUUCCUGGAGACGUUUUCUUCGCCAAGUUCUUCUUCUACCGGAUUAACCCAAACGCAAAGGUGAUAAACCGGUGCCAUUUCCGGUCGAACUUGGGUUAUAUCAAUCUCAAUAUCGAGAUAACACCUGCGCUCGGACGACGGUGUCCUGGCUACAGAUGCGUUUUAGCGAUCAAACGAGAAGGUCUUCUGAUGAAAGAUACUAACGAGCUUCAUCCUUGGACUCCAUGGCCUCACCACCACACUCAACCUAAGUUGCCCGGGAGAUUCGUCUGA